AUGUCUGCACCAAACCAAGGCCGUCAGUCUCCAGAGCCCGAGAAGCAGUCCGAUGCCCAGGCUGGUACUCAAGCAGGCAACCCCAACCAGGGAGCUGGUUCCGGCCAGAAGACGGGCGAUGAGAGCAAGGACACACUCAAGAACUUGAGCAGCAACCCAAAGGGUYCCCUUGAUGACGAGGCAGAGAAGAAGACUGCGAAGAACUGA